CCGGUAAAAGUCUGGAGGGUUAAAUAAAUAUUUAACCCAGGAUGAGCAGCAACCUUCUUGAAGAGUGCGUCGAAGAUUUGAAUAUUCAAGCAACAUUUCAUUAUGCUCACAGCACGGAAAGUUCCUAGAGCAUGCCAGUCAUGUAGAUCCCAACUCCUUUCUCUUUUCGAACAUGGAUUCACAAGGCCUACUGCUUCAACCGCUUCUUCACAUUCACGAUAUCGCGACCUCCGCCAUCGAUCAAUUCAGCCUCGUCCUAAUGCGUUACGAUUAUUCUCCACGACCUUGACUCGAUCAGACGAAUCUCCCACUAGCAAAACUCCGACAGAGUUCGAGAUAGAAGCGGCGGCGGCAGCAGCAGCGGAAAUUGAGUCGGUGGUGAGACAAGCUAGGCAAACAUUUGGUGAGACCUUGCCAAAGGAUUAUCUAUCUGUCGAGGAGUAUCAGAUAUACGAGAGAUUGUAUGGUCCACCACUACGAGAGACCAGACCAGAAGAUUUAGAAUAUCUGCAAGUUGAGGAGGACGAUAUUGGAGAGGAUGGGCCACCUAGGAAUAUACUUUUGAGGGAGAACGCUGAUGGCGAAUUCGAAGAAGUUGAAUUCGAUCCAGAACUAGGAUUUAAAGUUGUGGAAGAUGGCAGUGAUGGAUUUGCUUCUGCUAGCGAGGGCGAAGAAUUAGAAUUGGAGGAGGAGAGCGAGCCAGAUAUGGAAUUGGAGGCUGAGGAAUUCAUCGACACAGUGGCCCCCACAGGAGCGGAUACUACUAAUUUAACAUUUCAAGGUCAAAAUCAGAGAGAGAUAGAUGCUAUUGCACGGCUACAACGCGAUAUGGACGAGGCGAUGGCACGAGCAGCAGAGCAAGAAGAUACUGUUUUUGACGAGGACUAUGAGGAGGAAGAGUCGUCAGAGGAGUCUGAGGAAGAAUUGUUCGAAGACGAAGAGAUUUUUGACGAAGAUUACGAUUCGUAUACGAGCUCGGAUGAAAUUCGUACACAUCCACAUACUAGAACCUCUAGAUUUGGCACAUCCCCAAGUACUAUAUCGCUGCCGAAAGAACAAUUCGUUAAACCAAUUACUGAGCUUCUAGAGAGAACAAGCAUCAAACACGUCACAGAAGCGGCGCAAAAGGCAUUUGGUGGAAAGUGGUUACCAUAUUCUUCUUCCACCCCGAGCGUAGGAAAGCUUAAGCUUUUGCCACAAAAACAUGUUGGACUUGAUGCUUCCCAGCAUAGGAUGAGCGAAAUUGAAGCAGAUGCUUAUUUGGCAGGGGUAAUGUCGGGUACUUAUACCUCUGUCAUGAGUACAUUGGUCGAAGUACGGAAACGACUAGGACCUGAAUGGAUCCGUGAAAUGUUAUUCAGGGAGGGCGGCCAAGGUCCACGAAUUCUUGACGCGGGAGCUGGCGGAGCUGGUAUAAUAGCAUGGAAAGAGAUUUUGCGAGCUGAAUGGGAUGUGUUAAAGGAUGAUGGUAUUGUUGAGGGUGACGAACCACCUUCUGGUAAGCACACUGUUCUCACCGGAGCGGAUUCAUUGAGACAUCGUGUUUCACGACUCCUCGACAAUACCACCUUUCUUCCCAGACUUCCUGAUUAUGUUCAUUCAUCUAGUGGCGAGGACCAACUUGAUGGCGGACCUGCACAACCUAGGAAAGUAUAUGACUUAAUUAUUGCCCCGCACACUUUAUUUCCAUUGAAGGAAGAUUAUCGCCGAAAGCACAUGGUUCAGAACCUCUGGUCAAUGCUUGAUCCCAAAGGAGGCGUACUUAUUUUGAUAGAAAAAGGUUUACCCCGUGGGUUCGAGGCUAUAGCCGGGGCUCGCUCUCUUUUACUUGAUUCACAUAUCUCUUCGCCUGGCAACGAAAUUGUCGAAAAGGAACUCCAGUCCCUUUCUGAUACUGAAGCACGGUUCAUGGAGAAAGAGGAGGGUAUGAUCAUUGCACCAUGUACUAAUCAUACAAAAUGCCCGAUGUAUCCAGUUCCUGGUCUUACCCCUGGUAGAAAGGAUUUUUGCCAUUUUGAACAGCGAUACCUCCGUCCACCUUAUCUACAAAAGAUUUUGGGGGCUUCUUCUCGCAAUCACGAGGACGUUAGAUAUAGUUACCUCGCAGUGCAAAGAGGUAUUGAUGGUAGGAAAGAAGAAGCUAUUCUUCAAGGAGAUGCUGCAACUGACCUAUCUUUUGCGGGCUACGAGGAACACGAUUUACCGGAUGGCCCGGAUAUACCCGCAGAAGGGAAUGUACCGUUCCAUCCAUUGUCGCUUCCACGAUCUAUGCUCCCACCUCUCAAACGCCGUGGACAUGUCACCUUGGAUGUUUGCACACCAUCAGGCAAGCUGGAACGAUGGACUAUUCCUAAGAGUUUUAGUAAGGUAGCGUACCGUGAUGCUAGGAAAUCGAAAUGGGGAGAUCUUUGGGCACUUGGUGCCAAAACACGGGUCCUCAGAGAGCCUAGACUAGGAAGGGGGGGAGUGGGUGCUGUAAAUAGUAAGGGAUCCAAACCCGGAAAGGUGCUCAGCAAGUCGGCGGCCAAGAAGAAGAAGAACAAGUUCGAUAUUAUCAUGGGCCGCGAUGGUAUGGAAGGUCUCGAGGAAAGCAGAGAUUCCAAGCGAAUCUUCAAGCCUGAGAAAAGAACAAAGGGCGGACGAUUUGUCAAGCCGAAGAAACCCAUUACUGAGGAUGAUAUAUGAGAAGAUUUUUUUGUACUAUACGAAUUAUAUUAUGUAUGCAUGUGAUGGACAAUACCUGAGACAAAUACUUAUGCUUUUCUGCUCCACAACCAAC